AUGGGGAUAGGAUAUCAGCGAGGUCAUGUUCUGGUGCUGGGCCCGCCUGUGUGUGUCCUCGGGGUCCGGGGGCAGAACACUGCCAGGUCCUCACCGCUUGUGCUUGUGGUCCUGGUCCAGGUUCCCUGCAGUCUGGAGUACUGGGAUGAGCUCCAGCAGGCCUUUGUGCCCUACCGGGAGUUCAGCCUAUCAGAGAGCAGCGCCUGCGAGCUGCAGCUGCCCAGCGUCAGCUUGACCAAUGAGCAGAAGGACCUGGUGGCGUCCGACCUCUGGAGAAUCGUCCUCAACCACAGCGGCACGGACGCAGGGGACGAGCAGAGUUCGGACAGUGAGUCUGGCUCCCAGCUGCCCUGUGACCAGCUGGUGUCGCCCACUGCGCUGGCUGCCUGUACCCGUGUGGACUCGUGCUUCGCGCCCUGGUUCGUGCCCUCCCUGGGGGUGUCCCUGCAGCUGGCGCAGAUGGAGCUGCACCUCUGCCACCACCUGGAGCAGCUGGGCACAGUCCCUCCCCGUCGCCUCCGCCCCUUCCUCCCCGACAGGAAGUUACCUCAGGACCAGGAAUACCUGGUGCUGCGAGCGCGGGAGCCGCGGGCGUUCCUGCGCCAGUGGAGCGGGGGCGCCCGGCGCUGCCAGGAGCUCAGCUUCUCCACGGAGCUGGACUGUCGCCUGCUGGAGUACCGGAACCUCACCCUGCUGCCCCUCCUCCGGCCCGUCCUGCUCCAGGGCCAGGCGGCCGCCACGCGCCUCCCCGACCCCCACGGAGGGCCCGCCGACACCCUGCUGGACGGGAACGUGUUCGUGGACCCCGUGUCGGUCAACAUCAGCCAGUACAGCAUCCACACGCUGGACACCGCCCUGCAGAGCUGGGAACAGAACCAGGCCCCCGGCGCAGAGGAGCUGGUGUACAGCCACUACGUGAUCUGCAACGACACCCACGAGACGCUGCGCUUCGGCCAGGUGGACACGGACGAGAGCGUGCUGCUGGCCAGCCUCCACAGCCACCAGUACAGCUGGCGCUCGCACAAGUCCCCCCAGCUGCUCCACAUCUGUAUGGAGGGCUGGGGGAACUGGCGCUGGUCGGAGCCCUUCAGCGUGGACAACGCCGGGACCCUCCUGAGGACCAUCCACUACAAGGGCCGCACCGCCUCCCUCAUCAUCAAGGUGCUGCAGCUCAGCGGCGUCCUCAAACAGAUCAUAAUCUGUGGGCGCCAGGUGAUGUGCAGCUACCUGAGCCAGGACAUGGAGCUGCGCGUGGUGCAGCACUACGUUGGGGCCGACGGCCAGACGGUGGUGCGGGAGCACCAGGCCUGCCUGCAGGGCGGCGCCAAGCUGCCCUCCUACGUCCUGGAGGACGCCGAGAUGACUGAGCUGUGCGUGCGCGCCCGCGGCGACGAGGACUGGUCCCAGGACGUCCGCCUGGAGAGGAAGGAGAGGGGCGGAGCCAGUGCCGUGGUUCAGGUGCCUUGUUCCAGUGGGUCUCUGCUCUAUGUCUGGUGCACCCUCAUCACCGUGGAACGCGACACACACAUGCAACAGAGGCUGGUGGUGUUCAGCCCGUUGUUCAUCAUGAGGAGCCACCUGCCUGACCCAGUCAUCCUCCAUGUGGAGAAGAGAAGCCUGGGCCUGAGCGACACCCAGGUGAUCGAGGGCCGGGGCCACGAGGAGCCCCUGCUCAACACUGAGGCCGACCUCACACACCACCUCACCUUCCAGGCCAGGGAGGAGGAGGAUGCGUCCCAUUGUGCUGUACCCAUCUCCACCAGCCUGAUCAGGCAGAUGGUGAACAAGGCUGGAGAAGAGGAGCCUUCAGAGGACCUGCUGGCUGACUUCUACGGCCUGAAGACCCAACAGCAGGCCCCCUGGCCCUACGUCAGCAAGGACACAGACAGGUCUGGUGCUGGGGAGGCGGUGGCCCAGUGGGACAGCCCCAUGCAGGUGAAGCUGUCAGCCUGGCGGCGGGGGUUGAACACCCUGCUGGUGGAGCUCCUCCCCUGGGCCCUGCUGGCCAACCACUCCCUAUGGGACCUGUGGCUGUUCGAGGGGGAGACCAUCAUCCUGCAGAUCCCUGCCGGCAGGGUCAUAGUGCCCCCCAACUUCAAGGAGGCCUUCCAGAUCGGGAUCUACUGGGCCCAGACCAACACGGUCCACAAGUCGACGGCCCUGAAGCUGGUCCACGACCUCACGUCCCCCCGCUGGAAAGAGGGCCCCACCCUGGAGGUGCUCCCCCUGGAUGAGGAGGGCUACGUGGACGCUGAUGUCCCCCUGGGGGGCGCGGCCGGGGGGCAGAAGGUGUGUCAGUUCUGCGUCUCCUCGGUGGUCAGACAUGGGGUCCAGAUCCUGCAGAUCGAGGACAGGACCGUCCUGGUCAACAACACCCCCUAUGCCGUCCACUACAGACCCCUGCUGUCUCACUCUCCUGUGGGAGGAGACGACCAGGCCUGUGAUCUCCCAGAGACGGAAGUGUUCACCCUGGCCCCGGGUGAGAAGGGGGCACGGCCCAGCCCCUGCUCCGUGCCCUGCUGGGACCUGCUCCGCCCCAGCCACCAGGGGGAGCUAGACUCCCCUCUCCCCCUCAGGCACAUCCUGUUCAGCUGCGUGCCCAAGGACGAGCCUGGAGCCUGGAGCCUCCCCGCCCCUAUACGAGCCGACUUCCCCAGGCAGAGUGUCCCGGUCCCUGAGGACGCGUGCGCAAGCGCUGGCCUGGCCACCAGGGCAUUGGUGCUGACCCACCAGGAGCACCAGGGUGUGACCUACCUGACCCUGAGCGAAGACCCGUGUCCUCGUAUGAUCAUCCACAAUACGUGUCCCAUCCCCCUGCUGCUGAAGGAAAGCCUCAGAGAGCCCCCCAGGACAGAGCUGUUCUGCAGGGCCCUGCCGGCCGGCUGCUCCGUGCACCACGAGCUCUACCAGCCGGCUGCCUGCUUCCCCGACUGUCGCGUCCGAGAAGCCCUUCCGCCGCUGCUGCUGCGCACCACCACGCAAGCACACACGGACUGGACCGACCCCCUGGACAUCAACAGCCCUGGGACGCAGGUGGUGUUCCUCUCAGGGUUUGGCUGUCUCUACAUCCAUGUGGUCCAGCAGAGUGGCACCACCAUCCUCACCCUGGCCCCAGAGGGCAGCGUCGACUCGGUCAUCAGCCAACACAACAGGACAUCCAAUCAGAAGCUAGCCUUGCGGGUGCUGCUGAGCGAGGCCAGCGUGGCGCUGAACGACGACAUCACCAGCCCGCAGGGUUCCGUGGAGCUCCUGCGUCUGACCCUGUCCAGGCUGCUGGUGAACGUGGCCCCGGCCCAGUCUGAGCUGGACCCCACGGGGCUGGGGCUGGGGGGCUGCGGAGGCGCCGCCGAGGCAUGCCAGGUGGAGGUCUACUGUGCCAGCCUGCAGGUGGACAACCAGCUGUACAACCGCGCCAGCUUCCACUUCCCCGUGCUGCUGUGCCAGGAGGAGCGGGCACAGCCGGUGGCGUGGAGCAGCGAGGCCAACCCCACCGUGUCCACGGCGGCACUGGAGGAAUACGUGAGCAGCUGCUUCCUGACGCUGGGCCUGACCCUGGGGCCGGACGGACGCACGCUGGACCAGGUGACCUUCCAGCUGCAGCCGGCUCGCGUCUACCUGGAGGACACCUUCGUCUACUACAUCAAGACUCUGUUCCACACCUACAUCCCUAACUCCGCCCUGGCCGCCGCCCCGCCCCCGCCGCCCGCUUCCCCCGGGACCCCCGUCCUCCCCGAGCCGGUGCUGCACGGCCUCCAGGCCCUGCUGUGGCCCCUGCGGCUCCAGAGGCUGGCCAUCCAGCCGGUCAGCCUGCUGGUCAGCAUCCACGCCUCCCUGAAGCUGUACAUCGCCUCGGACCACACCCCGCUGGCCUUCUCGCUGUUUGAGAGGAGCUCGCUGUGCACCACCCCCAGACAGCUGGUGCACGCACUCGCCAUGCAUUACGCCGCGGGGGCCCUCUUCAGAGCGGGGUGGGUGGUGGGGUCUCUGGAGAUCCUGGGCAGUCCUGCCAGUCUGGUCCGCAGCAUCGGGAACGGCGUGGCCGACUUCUUCCGUCUGCCGUACGAGGGCCUGACCCGCGGUCCCGGAGCCUUCGUCACCGGGGUCUCCCGGGGAACCACCUCCUUCGUCAAACACAUCUCAAAAGGUACACUGACAUCCAUCACCAACCUGGCCACCAGCCUGGCCAGGAACAUGGACCGCCUCUCCCUGGACGAGGAGCACUACACCAGGCAGGAGGAGUGGAGGAGACAGCUGCCUGAGAGCCUGGGGGACGGGCUGAGACAGGGCCUGUCCCGUCUGGGCAUCAGCCUGCUGGGUGCCAUUGCGGGCAUCGUGGACCAGCCCAUGCAGAACUUCCAGCGGACGUGGGAGGCGCCCAACUCGGCGGGCAGCACGGCUCGCGGCGUCAUCUCCGGAGUGGGGAAAGGCAUUGUGGGAGUUUUCACCAAGCCCAUCGGAGGAGCGGCCGAGCUGGUCUCCCAGACGGGAUACGGUAUCCUUCAUGGGGCAGGACUGUGGCAGCUGCCUAAACAGCUGUACCUCCCUGUAGAAGGCAAGUCAGCCUUGGCCCCCAACAGCCACGUCAAAUACGUCUGGAAGAUGCUCCAGUCCCUGGGGCGACCGGAGGUGCACAUGGCGCUGGAGGUGGUCAUCGUGAGCGGGUCGGGCCAGGAGCACGCGGGCUGCCUGCUGCUGACCGGGGAGGUCCUGUUCGUGGUGAGCCUGAGUGAGGACACCCAGCAGCAGGCCUUCCCCGUCACUGAGGUGGCCUGCCGGCAGGAGCCCCAGAGCCCGGGGGGCCACGAACCCUGCAGCCCGGGGGGCCAGCUCAUCGUCACCCUGCAGCAGGCCAGGAUCACCAGCGACGCUGAGGGGGACGGUGGCCGCGAGCGGCUGUCGGAGCUGCAAUACCGCCGCCUGGUGGACUACGUGAGCAGGGCGUCCCAGUUCCUGUCUCCGUCCAGCGCCUCGCUCCACGCCCAGCCCCCCGUCACCAUGGCCGAGCCCCCGCCCACCGUCAGCAAGAGCUACCGCUACCUGGUGGAGCCUGCCGCCACCACCGUGUUUGUCAGCAAGUUCACCAUGGUGAAGAACAAGGCGCUGCGAGUCGGCUUCCACUGACACGCACAUACACGGCGUGCGGAUUCACCAACGGCCUUUCGUUGAAUGUUUAGAUGCCUGGGACUUGUGUUUAUGCAAUACAACAUAGAGAGCCAUGGGGGAUGUUUAUCAAACUUUGUCUAACUAUUGUACCAGUCACCAAACACAGCUAGGAUAGACCUUGACUUUUGCUACAGAAAUAAUGCACCUCCAGUUGUAUUUAUAUGUUUCUAACUGACAUUUCUGUGCUGGUAUACUUUACUAAUGUUUACAUCCUGCUCGCACCUAGAGAGGUUUGUGUGAUUUACAUGUUAAACAACUGUAGGAAGAUAGAGCUGGCAACCAAAAUGUAAGCUCGCUUGUUCAUUUAUUUUAUUUAAGAUGUAAUACAUUGUACGAUUGAUGAGGGGUCUUAUUUUCUAUAUGUCAUUUUUGCCAAACACGGUUGUUGUUCAUGUUGCCUUUUUUUUGUAUGAAUCCGUUAUAACGCAGACAACUUUAUGUAAGAAUUUACAAUUUUUGUAAACUAAUGCCUAUGGUGUAAAUGAAUAAUAUAUAUAUAAUUAUUGUAUUAAUAGUACAAUAUUACAUUCUAAUAAAACAUUUGAAUAA